GAGUUUGAGGUAUAGUAGCGGCGCCUGGUGGCGGCGCGGGAAACGACAACUGGGUCGUACCUGCUUGGGUCGUGUUGAAACCCGGCUGUGGCGAAGCACGCUUCUAGGCCGAGUUUUGCGUCGAUUCGCACUUUUUUCUGCCCUGUUGCGAGUGCGAAAAGGCUCGUCACUUUUCACAGACCACGCUGACCACACAUAGCCAAAGCGGACUCUCCGUGUGCCGUGGGACGUAAUGCUGGACGCAGAAGGAAUCGGCGACGCCGAUCCGGAGGGACCUAGCUCAGCAUCGAAAAAGUGUCACCGUCGAUACUGCUGCGUCGUGGACUGCCAUGAACAAGAAGGCCGGAAUCCCAACAUCCGAUUCUAUCGUUUCCCUUCAAGGCCUCACGAAGCGAAGCGUCGGGCGCGCUGGAUAACUGCAGUUCGUCGCGUUGGUCCUGACGGCAAACCGUGGGAACCAGCGUCGAACUCCAGGAUAUGCAGUCGCCACUUUGUGGGCAACGAGAAAAGCAAUUCGCCCAGUCAUCCCGCGUAUGUGCCUACAAUCUUCCCCGCGGCCUACAACAGGCCUCUUCCGCCUGACUCUUCAAGCCAAAUGGAACGGUUUCAAAGGUGGCAGAAAAGGUGCCUGAAGCCGAGUUCCUGCGCUGCUGGGAGCAACGUUCCAGACAAGCAAGCUGCAUCUGAGGGAACCUUCGACGCGAGAAGCGAAAAUCCAUCAACCCACACUGAGCAACAGAAGCCUGCAGAGUGUUCAGACUACACUGGAGCUCUUGCUGACCAGACAAGAGCAGACAUACAUGGAGGCUUUCUCCCAGCAUCAACUCGCGAUGAUGAAGGCUGCCCCAGGCCUCUGAAAGAGGAUUUGACUUCUGCAGGUACCUUGCGACUUGAAACAUCAGCCCAAAGUGAUGACCAGCAAAUGGUUACACGCGCCGUUGGACCACACACAAGGUCUUGCUACUUUGCUGGAUAUGAAAGCAUUGUAAGUGCCCCUGAUGCACUUCGAAGUUUGUGCGGGGUAGACAGCAAUGCGUUUUCCUUAUUGCUUAGUCUUUUGCCAGCUGUCAGGGAAAGAACUGAUGUAACGAUUGAAAACAAACUUCUCAUGUUUCUCAUGAAAAUGAAACUGGGAGUAUGUUUUGCGGCCAUUGGUGUCAUGUUUGGGGUGCAUGAGAGCACUGCCUGCCGUAUCUUUUAUACAAUUCUGAACACAUUGGCAGAAGCAACAAAAGAUUGGAUUUAUAAGCCCCCUAUUGAAGAUAUAAAACUUUCGCAGCCUGAAUGCUUCAAGGAAAAUUAUCCAGAGUGCACUUUGAUCAUUGACUGCACUGAAGUUAAAACCGAAACACCAUCCGAAGUCAGGCAGCAGCACAUGCUGUUUUCUUCAUACAAGAGUUGCUACACACUAAAAUUUUUAGUUGGAAUUAUCCCAAAUGGAACGAUUGUUUUUGCAUCUGAGCCUUUCGGCGGACAGUGCUCUGAUACACAAAUCACUCUUGAUUCUGGUUUUCUUCACAUCGUUGAACCAGGUGACAUGAUCUUGGCUGACAAAGGUUUCCCUGGUAUCCGUACAGAGCUUGCUCACAAAGGUGUAGUCAUGAUCAUGCCACCCUUUUCAGCUGGAAGUGGCGUCCCAUUUUCUCCUGAAGAAAUGGAGCGAACCUACAGCAUUGCAUCUGUACGCGUUCAUGUUGAAAGGGUGAUUCAAAGAAUUAAGCAGUACGGCAUCCUGAAAAAUAACAUCCCAAUUUCACUUAUUUCGUCUAUGAAGGAGGUUUUCCAUAUGUGCUGUGUUUUGGCAAAUCUUCAACCUCACAUAAUUGCAGUGACAUAAGCACAAUGACAAGAAUGUGCCCUUUUAAUUUGGAGUUCACUAGGUGUGGUUUGUUUCCCUGGAUGUGUCAAUGUAUGAGGCUUACAAGCUCCUCAUAUGCUGUGAAAGACGCUGUCGUGGAGGGCUGUGGACAAAUUUUAAGCAUCUGUGGUUCUUUAAUCUGCACUGUUAUUAAACCAUAGAUGGGUUUUCUUGCAUUUUGCCUGCAUUAAAAUGUACCCACUGCAGCAGGGAUUGUGUCCGAAGGUCUUCCAAAUGGAAAAAGAUGCCUGAAGAGAUAGUGUCCACAUUAUUUCUAAUGAUGCAUAUUCUUUCCUUGCAUUGAUAUUUAUGUGUACAUGUAUGCUGUUGUUACUGCCGUAACAUAAUGUUUUUUUUUUUUUCACUUUCGGUAGUAUAUUUAAUUUUUUUCGUUUUUUACAUAGCCACUACAAUGCCAGACAAUGGCACUGCGGGUAUUAUGGUAGAUAAAUAAAUAAGCUUUGUGUAAGCAGGAAGGUAUGACACUUGGUACACAGCACCACAUCAACUUUGUUUUCACACUUGUCCUUGCCCAAGUUCAUCACAUCAAAAAAGAAAGAAAUGCUAGCAAGAUUGUUCUAACUCUGUAACAUCAAUGUUUCCUCAUGAGCUGAUGCAAUGGGGCAUGUUUAGUUACGGGGAAUUAAGUGGUAGGGGUGUGAAGGGGGGAGUUAGGAGACAGCCUGGGCUACCACAGCGUUCUUGACCGAUUGCAUCUCAUACCUUCAUGUCUUUCGAGGGUUUUAAACAAAUCAUUGUGCAUCUAGUUGUAGAGCUGCUCUCAAAUAAUGGUCACCUCUGUGUAGAUAUAGUUGCAGGUGACAGUGCAGAUUGUAAUAUAGUUAACUCAUCAGUAUGUGUAUUCACUAAAGGGCGCAUGUGAUGUCACUGUGUUGAGAACUCUUUGCAUGGUGCGUUGCAGUGACAUGUGUGACAUCAGAGCAUACAGGCCGUGGGCUGUUUUGUGUGUUACCAUGACAUGAGGUUGCAUGUUGUUCAAUCAUUGUGUCAGGUGGUCUGUGCUGUGACACCAUUGUCAUUGUGAAAGUGAGGAAAGAUUUAACAGAAGCCUACACUUCAAAACUCCAGGCAUUGCAUCUGUCUUGUGAGCUAGCUCCUGCAUAUGCACUGGCUCUCUGUGAAGCGUGACCCAACAGACUGUGGCAGCAGUGAAUGUGGUGAAGUUGAACAUGUAAUAAAAAGUUUAUUUGAAAACUUUGGCACAUCUCUGCAACUCUUAGUGAUGCAAAACGAUAUCAUAGCACAAACAUUUCUCAUUUACCUAUACACUCGUAUAAAUACUUGGCCCUUUCACUGCACAGCACAUGUUGUUUCAACGCUAGAGAAGCCUAGCGAGAUCUGUACAAACUUACUUCAUCUUACAAGUGGUUAGCAGCGUCUUAGAAGCUACAUGUGUGAGGUGACUGCUUGCCACGAGUGUACUCUAAUUGGACACCCCUGAGCCAAUGUGACAAGUGUGGAAGCUGUUGCCAUGUGCUUACAGUUCCCACUCCACUGCAAGCAACGUGUGAUAUAUGAGGGGAAAUGAAAAAGUAAAGGCACUGCUAGCAUCCAGCGCUGAAUUAGUGUCAACUACAACGCUUCUGUGGAACGUCUCACUCUUGUUCUUGCAUUAGUCGUUAGAGUGUAACAGACUGCUAAACAUGGCAGCUCCAUUUUCGGAAAGUAUGUGCAAGGUGGGUCCCAAAAGAAUUGUCAGCGCAGCAUAAGGCACGAAGGUUGGACAUCUCUCGUAAACAUUUGGCUUGUUAUCGUUGCGAUGGAGAUGAAUUUUUACAGCGAAUUGUUACUGUAGACGAAACUUGGGUGCAUCAUCACGAACCGGAAAGCAAGGCUGCGAGCAUAGUUUGGAAACGCUCAUCACCAGAAGUUAAGAAAUUUAAACGUCAACCAUCAGCUGCUAAGAUCAUGCUAACACUACUCUGGGACAUGGAAGGUGUGGUAGCCGUUCAUGUCAGCCCAAGAGGCAAAAGUGUGAACAGUGAGAACUAUUGUGAUGUUGUGAACUAAACAAAUAUGCAGUCAGAUUAAAAUGUCGUGGAAAACUGCAAAAAGGUGUCAUCCUGCAGCAAGAUAACGCUCGGCCACAUUCUGCCAAAUGGACAGCCGAAACAGUAAAGGAGUUUGGAUUUAAAUUGCUGGAACACCUACCAUACAGUCCACACCUGGCUCCAAGCGAUUUUCAUAUAUUUGGACCAUUGAAGGAAGCGCUCAGGGGAAGAAGAUUUGCAACCAAUGUAGAACUCACUGAUGUGGUGCAAAAUUGGUUACAGGUGCAACCAAAAAAACUUUUUUUUUUCUGGCGGAAUAAAAAAGCUUGUGAAACAUUGGGCAAACUGCGUUGAAGUGCAGGGAGGUUAUGUAGAAAAAUGUGUGUUUCAGUGUUUUAUCAUUAGAAUAAAUGUGCCUUUUCUCAAAAUUCCCUUUACUUUUUGACUUCCCCUCUUAAUUAUAUGCAGCAAAGAACCUUAAACAAGGUGCUUAAUAUAGAAAUUAAAAUAAAGAUGUUCGAGCCUGGGAAUCACCUCUGACAAAAAGUGCUCAUCACGUUCAACAAUUGUGACAGUUUGCUUGGAGCUGUAAACAAAAAAAAAAAAAACACUGUCAUGUUUGUUACAUACAUUGUAAUUUGCAUUUGUGUGUAAUACUGAUGGCGCUUGGUCACUGCCAAGUGUCUAUCUCUGUACACAAUGUACUUGAUGAAGCUUGAUUCCUUGGUGUGGUCGAUAAGUACAUAGUCUUUCCUGGAGUACGGGCACUUAAUUUCCAGCAGAGUUGUUUGGUCUCCACACUUGAAAAGACCGUCAGGGCUGGCACACAGCCAUGGUUGCUUCAGAUGCACAAUGAGACCAACCUGCAGUCAUAUUGGUUGAGAGUUUUGCAGUUGCACAGAUUACGCCACAUUCCAAGUGGCUUAUAUAUGACUGAUAUGAAGGUGUUUCAGUCUGCACUUCUCUUACAAAAUUUUGACAAUUUAUUAUACGUUGAACUAGGGCAGUAUGCUGUUUCAUCUUUAAAUGUAGGAAGGUCGGAAAACCUUGCAACUUCAGACUGCAGGCCUGCUUUUCACAUUAUAUAGAUAUGUAGCAUCACUGCAUUUGAUAGUUCUGCAAGAAAGUGACGCAUAUACUCAUAUUUUUAGUGUAUAAGUGCUGGAAGGCAACACAUAAUUAAGUUUAUUGCCAGAUAUGAUGGUAGCAGGCACAUUAGUUUGGCAGUGGUUACUUGCUUUUAAAGUUAGCGUCUUUUAUUUGAUUACUUUUUUGCUGCUAUACAGGGUGUUCAAAAUUAUGUAAGCUUUAUGAAAUUUUUAGAAAUCGCCUGUGGCAGGUAGCAUAAUUCUUAUCAAUGAGCUGGGUUAUUCGAUGAGGCAGACAUUCGUAGCACGAGAUAUCCAAACACCCUUUAGAAUCGCGAGUUUAGCUUUCAUGCAGUUGCCGACUUUCGAGCAGAAGAAAAGCUCUUUUGUGAUAUAGCACUUCUGAGUGUUACAGCAUAAAUAUGCUGUAACACUCAACUGAAAAUGUACCCAACUGAAAAUCUGCUGUGGUCAUUGCAACUGCCAUGCAAAUUUUUCCAGCAUUUCGGACAUUCAUGCAGCUCACCACAUACCUGCAGAACAGGCCGUCCUAUUUUCUGCUCAAACUGUUCCCUGGCUACAGCUUCCGUGUUUUGCCCUAAGAAAAUAAAGGAAUUAAUAUUUUUUG